AUGCAGCGCUUUGAGAUAGUUAAUGGUGUCACUGAAGUUGAAGGAAUAGCAGAGGAGAAAACUACAGAAAAAGGAGUACCUGGUUUUUGGCUCAAUGCAAUGAAAAACAAUGAAGUGUUAGCUGAAGAGGUUAGGGCUGUUGGAUUAGCAAUAUGGGUUCCCUCUGUGACAAACCGGAAGAAGGAAAUUGACAAUAAAUUUGAUACAAGAAACUCACCUAAAGGAUAUUCUCUAGUUUCACCUGCUGAUGAAAAUGAAGGUAACUGGAGACAGGCAAAUGCUGCUGAUGGUUUAGAACUCUCUGUUGUUAGUGAUGCUGCUGAUCAUGAAGCAAUUGACAAGAAACUUCAUCUCAAAAAUCUUAAGGUUUCUCAGGCCAUGUCUGGCAGCUAUCUGAAGGUUUCAUCAUCUGCAACCCUGAAAGAUGCAAUCCAAUGCAUUCAUGAUGGCCACCAGAACUGUGUGCUAGUGGUCGGUCAAGAAGGUUUUCUGGAAGGAAUACUGACAUAUGGUGACAUCGAAGGUGUCUUCCCGAGAAGUCUAGAAAAUACAUGCUUAGUUUCCUCUGUUUGUACUCGGGGCAUGACCUAUCGUGGACGAGAGCGUGGACUUCUAACCUGUUAUCCCAAUACCAGUUUGGAUGUGGCCAAGAAGUUAAUGGAAGCAAAGGGCAUUAAGCAAUUACCAGUGGUUAAACGCGGUGGAGAUUGCAAUAGAGAGAGGAAGCGGAGAAUUGCUGGUCUUCUUCAUUAUGAUGCACUAUGA